ACAGUUUUCAACAAGGCAUUGAAACAGUACCGACCACAGAGCUAAAAUAAGUGCAGGACGAAAAUCUUGGGAGUCUGACAUACUAAAAUUAAAAUAAAGGUUAAUUUUAUUAACAAAAGAGCCUGGAAAACAACAGCACCAUGACUAGCUACGAAAAUCUACCGUUAUAUUUAAUGAAUGUCAAAGUUUUCGUUAAAGUGGGACUCAUCGACUCAAUCGGCUGGAUCAAGCGAUUCUUGUUUGGCUUAAUAUUAAUAAUAUCAUUUGUGGGGCAAAUGAUAAAUGUGUUUAAGACAUGGAGUGUCGAUAUUGGCGAUACGAGUAUGAAUUUUUACUGUUUGUUGCUGAUGACACAUUGUUUAAUUCGUUUCUCGAUCGUGGUGAAGAAAGCCGAAAAAUUUGAGCGCUUCUUUCAAUGCAUCAAACAGUGGUACACUGAUAUCGAGCGUAAAGGCGAUCCAAAAAUGGUCGGUAUACUACAGGAAAUCACUAGAAAAACUCAAAAGCUGAGUAAACUGACCAUCUAUCUAGCCGCUUUAGCAACAAUAGCCGCAUUCUGCUAUCCAUUAUCAUUUGAUGAACGAAAACAUAUGAUAACCGUGCAAUAUCCAGUCUUCGAUGUCCUCCAAACACCAUACUAUGAACUCUUUUAUCUCAUGGAAGUUGUGUUUUUAACGCCGGCUAUUUUGGUUCUUUAUCUCCCGUUUACGAAUAUUUUACUCAUAUCUCUUAUGUUCGGCGAGUUGGCCUUAAAGGAUUUGUGUGUCAAGCUAAGAAAUAUAGGCAGUGAGAAUGAAGAAACCAUGCUACAGGACUUCAAGGAAUGUAUUGCGUAUCACGGAAAGGUUAUCGACUUGUGUGAUGAUCUCGAAGAUUUAAUUUCUGUGGAUGGAUUCUUUCACGUUGCGCUCUUUGGUAUGAUCCUCUGCAUGCUGCUUUUUGUCCUCUCAAUGGUACAUAAUCUCCGACUCAUUCUAAUGGUUUUCUUAUUUGUCAGUUUCAAUAUUUAUAUGAUUGGUAUUACCUAUUUUUAUGCGAACAAUCUGGCAACUGAGAGCCUUGAAGUGGCCAACGCCGCCUACGACACACCUUGGUAUAGAGGAAAUUUGGAAAUGCGUAAAUGUGUCAUUACUAUGAUCGCAAGAUGUCAGAAACCUCUACAAAUGACGGCCGGUGGUCUAUAUCCGAUGACUAUGGAGACUUUCCAAGCCAUAUUACGUGUUUCAUAUUCAUAUUUUUCCCUACUACAAGGUCUUAAUCAAUAAUGAGACUCUGUAAUUUUUAUUGCACUGUAGAACAAGAAUUAAACUAUGCUCAAAUAAACUUAAUUUACAAAAUA